AUGAAAAACUCUGCAUGCAAACUGGUUCGGACGCUCGUGCAGCUCAUGAGGACACUUGACAACGUUCCAACUGAGAGAACUAUCAUUAUGAAGCUUCUAUAUCACGAGGAUGUCACGCCUGAAGACUAUGAACCCCCAUUUUUCCGAAGCUGUGGCGACAAGGAAAAGUUGAACUGGUCUAUUACGCCUCUGAAGAUGAAAGUUGGUGAUGUUGACAGCAAUCACUAUUCGAUAGCCCUGAAAGUACGGAGUGUUCUUGAUCCAUGUGACAAUCAUGAGGAGCAGCAGGGCAGUCAAAGUAAUGGAACAGAAACUUCGGGCCAGUCAUCAGAAUCCGAAGAAGAAAAGGGUUCUGGGGAAAAGGAGGGAAGCAUCAGAGACGCAGGCGACCUUCCAGGGAAGAAGCAAGAUGACGAGACCUCUAAGCUGUUGAGCACUUCUCCGACUGCAUCUCUAAGUCUCAUCAGGUCAUGGAUUCUAUCAAGGCCAACAAUUACCGUUGAUGUCAUGGAUGUGUUUGCCAACUUUCCGGAUGCAUCUCUGGUCUCCAUUGAAGAAAUCAUGGAGGAGCUUGUUAGGGAAGGAAAGUUAAAAGCUGUGAACGCAGACCUUUACUCCAUAGUCCAUGGAGAUGUGGUUGGUCAGGAAGAAACCAUCCUGAAGAAUCAGAGCGCUCCACCUUUGAAAGCAUCAGAUGCCUGUGAAUCGGAUGAGCACACUGCGAUGUAUCACAAGGCUCUGGAGCAUGUCUUCAAUCUGGAGUAUGUGACUAUUGCAAACCUCCAGUCAAUAUUGGGGAGCGCUACAUCUGUAGCAGCUGUUAAAAAAAUAUUGGAGCAGAUGGGGUCUGAAGGCUACAUUGAAAGCGCAGCCAGCAACAGGAAGAAAGGGCGGAAGGUUCUGCGCUCCAAGAAAAUUCAGGCUGGGAUGCAGGACGAAAAGCAUGAGUCCAAAGGAGGCAUACACGCCACUUGCCCAUCUCCCUCCACAAGGAAGCCACUUGCUGACCAGCUGAAAACCGCGAGUCCUUCUGCAGUGGCUCAGGUGUGCUCGUUGGGUUCGGACAUGACAAGGUCUCGAGCAAGGGAAGCUUCAGUGGCUAAGAGCGAAAGUGGCUUCAAGGAACCACCUUCUUUGGCGAAGGACAAGAAGUUAUCCAGAAAGGCUCCACCUGAAGUCAGCUCAACAGGUUAUGAAAAGAUGAAGCUGGGACCUGAACCUGGCUUGCUUGGUGAGCUGGAAUUCGUGAAAGAAAGCCAGGACACCAUCAACUUCAGCAAUGCAAGAAUCCGCAAAGCCAGCACGGUGGUUGAACCAAUACAGCAAACAUUCAAGAAACAAAGAUCAUCUGCAUCACAGGGACCUGGAUCCCGCUUCACAAGAUCUUAA